GUGCAGUUGAAAGUAAAGUUGGAUGCUGCUGCUGCUGACUCAAGCGCUUGACAAUUCAAUGAGCAGCACUUGAAAACCGUAAUCUAAUUACGCUCAGACUACAGCGCCGUGUAGCCUGCAGCUGAUAAGAUAAACAGUCGCCGUAUCUCUAACAAAAGACACCGCCGCCGGCUGCUUGUGCUUGGCUGAGUUAGCCGCAAUUGGGUCUGAAGCUGUCAAGAGCGCGUGUGUGGCAAGUAAAUCAAGCAACGUGGGAGUAGCAAGGACAAAAAGGAAUGCAAUUGGAGUUGCAUAGCAGCUAGCAGCGACGCGUACGUUUCCAUGGGCAAGCGUGUCUCACGUCAGUCCACGUGCCCGAGUCCCGCACAUCAUCAAUCUGUGCUGACGAUUGCGCUGUCGCAGCAAGAUUUGGACCAGGCUCACAAAAUAUGGCAACAGUUGACAGCGAGUAAUGAAUAUAUUGCCAGUCAAGCGCAUGACAGGCCUUUUUAUUACCACAUAAGCAAGACUGAGCACAAGCAGCACGAAGAGAACGAGGAGGAGCAGCAAGUGGUGCUGCACAUUGAGUCUAUCUAUAAUCAGCUGGAUGAGCAAUUGAAUGGCAGUGUCAGCUCGCUGUCAGACGUCGCUGGCCCACAGCGCUUUUAUACUUGCCAGGACUUUUUGCUCGAGGAGCUGGCACAAACACUGCAGGAGCGCAUCCCUUGUCAAAAGGCAGGCAGCUGGCGUGGCUUUAAACCACAGCGGUCAAGAAAACUUAUAAGACACAAUGCCUGGCAGCUGAGUGGCAGUGAAAAUGAAAGAGAUAGCGACAGCGAUAGCUACGAGGAAACAGAGUCCGACGAGUGCUAUAAGUCGCAUGAGGGUCAGGCGGAGAGCAAGAAACACGGCGGCAAGUCGAGCCGUCGCAACAAUGGCAAUUUGAAUGGAAAUGGAAAUGUAAAUGGAACGGCGGAACAAACGCUGCACACCAAAGGCACCGCCAUGUCCUUUGGCUUUCGCAAGAAGCUCAAUGGUACACCCAAAAAGUUGAAGAAACUGUUGGAGGGCACAGCCAAUGGCAACGAUGGCCCUUUGGAGUCCACAGAGGCAGCAACAAAGGAUGACAAUGGCAAUGCAGCCGCGCCCAUACAAUUCGAGAAAGUAGGCGUGGCCGCACAAAAGACAAAUGCGAGCAAUCGCACAGGUGCGGCCGGUAAACGUUUCGGCUAUCGCGGCGCCAUGCCACGUCCCGCGUCCACCGGACUCGCCACCACCAGCGCCAGCGAAGAAGCCAAUGCUCAAAACAACAACCACAAUGAUGGCAACAACAGCAGCAGCAGCAACGCCAGCAACAACAACAAUAAUAAUGGCAAUGUGCAGUUGGUGAGCAAUCUGAAGCGUCGCUCGAAGAGCGCACAUGCUGGUCGCAGCAGCGAUGGGGAGCCCAAAAUAGCACAGCCCAAGACGCUCACAUUCAAUCUCAAUCAGAAUACAACCAUUGAGUAUCAGCGUCGUCAGUUCUUUGGCGAGAUUGCUGACGAGCCCAAGCAGCAGCAACAGCCGCAACAGCAGCAGCAGCAACGCUAUAACUACAACCAGCUGGCCAGCAUGCAUGCGAAUGUCAUUGUUCGUCCCACGCCGCGUGCUGCGCCGCCAAGUUUUGCCAAAUUCACGCUGCAAACUGUCAGUCUGCCCAGGCCGGAGUAUCCAGUGGCCAUCAGUCUUAAUGCCACCACGCCCACAACGCCCAGCAGCAGCGUGCAGUCGCCAGUGCCGGCGCAUAAUACAGGCGCGCGCGCCAAGGACAUUGCCACGCAGUCGCGUGCGCAUCCUUUGACCUCCAUACACGUGCAGCCCACCAGCAGCAGCAGCCACAGUCGCGCACAGCUGGACCAGAAGAGCAUGAAGCAGCUGAGCAACAGCAGCACGCGUCGCGGCUUCUCGGGCAGUCGUGAAAUCAGCGCCGACUCGGGCAUUGCCAGCAUGGACAUGGCCGUGGACUCGUGCAGCAGCUCGGGCGGCAGUGCCAGCAGCAGCAAACGCAGUCGCAGUCGUCCGCGCAAUCUGCAAAUGAUUAUGAGCGGACGUCACACGUUCGAGGUGCGCGACAUGGACGAUCCGCCUUCAAGCGAAUCGAAUUCAUUUGUGGAAACACUGGCGCUGCCCAUGCUGCCCACACAGACUACGCCGCUGCCGCUAGUGGGUCUGGUGCGUUCCAACACAGUAUUGAGUCGCGAGAGCUAUGAGCGGCGCCAGGCAGACGCGCCUGAGGCGGCGGCAGCAGCCAAGCCCGCCAAGCAGCAGGGCGGCUCCGAUGACAGCGAGAGCGUUAGCGAGGAAAAGCUUUUCUUGGACUCCUCCACCUCUGAGAAGAGUGCCAAACAAAGCGAAGCAUCCGGCAUGUCCUGGCGCCUGCAGGCGGGCGAAUCGCUGGCCAACAAUGACUGCAGCAGCAGCAUGAGCAUCAGCAGCAGCGACAACCAAGCAGCAGCCAAGGCGCAGCAAGAGCAGGAGGACAUGUCGCUGGGCUUGGAUGACUUGAGUUUAAUGAACACAGAGCGCGAUGUGCCCUUUAGCACCAUAUCUUCUUUGACGGAAACUGCGCCCGAAUCUUUGCUCAAUGUGGACAAUCGCGAGCUGCGUCCACGCAGCUUCAACAAUGCGCUCAACGAAAGCAAAUUUGCGGAGCUGGCCUUGGCCAGCAGCAGCUGCUUGCUGCUGGAUGAUGAAACUUCACCCACAGACAGCUUGGUGAGCAGCACUGAAGAGUCGGAGGAGGCAGCGGGCAAGCUGCAGAAGCACAAGCACAAUGAGCAGCUGCAGCAGCGCGACAUCGAUGUGGACAUUGAUGAUAUAUCCCCAGUGCUGGAGCUGGAGCUGGACAUAGGCAGUCGCAGUCCCAAUUCGCCGGGCACGCCCACACACGCCUCGCACUCGCUUUCGCUGGGCUCGGACUGCGGCAAUCUGAUUGAUGAUGAAAUUGCGGAUCAGCCAGCGCUGCUUUGCAACAGCGAGGCGCAGGAGCUGGCCACAGAUACGCCCACAUUGAUGGAAACACACACAGGCUCGCUGCGUUCGCUUAAGUCUCAAUCCAAGGCACGCACUGCGCUGCAACAGGCCAUAGAGCUGAGCCUGCGCACACCUGCUGCAGUGCGUCGUGCUGUGCUGGAGAGCGCCGAGUCCCUGGACACUUUGUCGCCAUGCGAAUCCAUUUGCUCCGAUGAUCUCAUGAUGGACUUUGAUCUAAACAGCAGCGUCGACUCCAUAGAUCGUGGUCUAGCCUCAGCGCGCAGUCGCAGCGGCACAGACUUGCAUAAGAUUGGCGAUCAGCAGCAGGAGGAGCAACAGGCAGAGACCGAAGCGGAACUGCUCGCCCAGCUGGAGAGCCAGGGCAGCGAUGUUAUGAAAGAGCUCAACAGUUUGCUGCGCGUGCGCAUGCAACGUCAUGGCGCCAGCCCCAGGGAACGCAUCAGCGCCAAGUUGCCCGCGCGUGCUACACGCCUGCUGAAUCGCUCGCGGCUGCAGGACCAGCAGCAGCAGCAGCUCAACGGCAACGACUCGGACAACAGUCUGCGCUCCACACACAGUGGCGCCUCCGCCGGCCGCAAGCGCAGCACAGCCGCCUCGCGCGCUUCCAACGCCAGCUCCACCUCCAGUCUGCCGCGACGUCAGCAGCUCUCGCACUCCGCCACAGCCGCUGGCAGCGCACGCAGCGUGGCACACAACGAGCUGCACAGCUCCUCCGACGAUCUAAUGUUGUAUGACAAGUCCUUUAGGAAUGCCAUGAUACAGGAUGUGCUGCAGUUCAAGAAGCAGCUGCUGCGACUGCGACGCAUACUGCAGGAGACCGAGACCUUGAAUCCCUUUGAGCACGACAAUGCGCAAUUGUUUGCAGCCUGUGGGUUGGAUGGCAAGCAGCUGAAUGACAUUGACUUGGCCAGUUUGACUUCAUCCACUACGGAGGAUCCGCUGCUGGAGCUUACCGAUCUACGUAGACAGGUGGUUUACCUUCAGGGUCAAGUGGAUGAUCGUGAUCGCACCAUACGCCUGCAGCGUGAUCUCAUCGAGCAGCUGGAGGCAGAGAAGCGUCAGUCCCAAGCGAGCAGCAGCAGCAGCGGCGGCGACGCCAGCGCCAGUUUGGCCAGCAAGGAGCUCAUCAGCAUGGCCACACAAACGGAGCGGACACGUCCACUUGCCAUUGGUGCGGAGGGUUUGUCCAGAAGUAAGCCCGAAUAUACAAGUUAUACCACGCACUUUCCAACGCUGCGCUUGCAUUGCAAUGAUUCCACGCUGGCUGCAACAACAAUAAUACGCCACCAGCCACAAGAGCACAACAGCAACAACAACAACAACAAUAACAACAGCAGCAGUAACAGCAACAACAACAAUUGUCGCGCGCUUAGCCAGACACGUCGUCAUACCAUCAUCUCCACUACAUUGACCAACUAUAAUCAACAACUGGCUGCAGCGGCAUAUCCUCGACGCGCCUCCAUAGGCUGGGACAGCACAGAAUCCCCCGAAGCAGUUCCAGCGCCCAUUGCUCAUAAGCCUGUGCGCAUUACACUCAUUGGUGAAGCGCUGCCGCUACAAAAUGGCCACAAGCUGGCGCCGCAAAAUGGCGUCAAGGCGGCGCGUUCAUUUUUAAACAAUUGUCAGAGCAGCGUGAAUGCAAAGUCGGGCAGCGACUAUCAGCCGUUAUACAACAGCAAUAAGAUGACAAACCCAACCGUAACUAUAGUCUGAUUUAGUUAAAGAUUGCCGGCCGAUUACGCCCAAAAACCGAAAACAGAACGCACAACAAACAAAGCUACAGUUACAGGCAACAGCACUAUAAACAAUAAAAAAAUAUAGUUUAGUGUAGUAAAUAGAGAUAAAUAUGCAUAAUCAAAUAUU